UCAGCAGAUAAAAUCGGGGGUAGGAACCCACCCGAAGUCCUGUUUAAACAAGAGAAGUGGAAUUUGGACGUUUCCUGAAGUUAUAGUCUUCUAGAGUCGCUAACCUUCGGAUACACUUGCAAGAUGGGUUUUGUGCAAUGCUUGGUUUUCUUCUCCCUGGCCAGCGGCGCAGGAGCUAUCGCGAGGACGGGCGCAGAAGAGCGGAGAGAGCUGGAACCCUACCCACGGCUGGAGACAGCCGCCAGCUCGCAGCCUGUAACCUCCAGGCCCGGCCAUCGCAGACGGGAGACCGUGCAGAGGUUUCGGAUGGUCCCCCGCGCGUUCCCAGGGGGGAGACUGGAUUUUAUCCGCCGGCACAACGGCACUGGCGUCAGACUCCCGUUUGACGGAGACGGGACUCCAGACGCACUCUCCCCCGGGAGCAGGAAGACGGACCUCGCUUCUCCCGACGAAGACGCUCAGUUUCUCGGCGUACGCAGACCUACCCCGGCCGUGUCUACGGCUCUGGGGGCUCCCAAAGGCCAAGGCCGUCGGGUCGCCGGUCCCGCCCCGGCCAAGGCGCCGUCCCAGGAGAGCCGCGGGUUGGGCUACCCGGUCACGCAGGGGUCCAAGCCCAACGGGACCGGCUCCGUGCGAGUCAAGUGCGGGGACAAGUACUUGCGAGUGGAGGUGGAGCGGGAUUUCUGGGGCACGGGGACGCUGCUGGGGGACUCGGACCUCUCGCUGGGCAGCGGCUGCAGCAGUAACGGGAGGAAGAGAAAGCGCUCCAAGUUCAUCACCUUCACCUACGAGCUGCACGCCUGUGGCACUCGGCGACAGAUCACCGACGCGGAGCUGGUCUACUUCAACCGCCUGUACUACACCCCGCGGGUCGGGAGGCGGCGGAGCAGGACGCAGGUGGCCACGCUGCAGUGCCAUUACGCGCGGACCAAGACGGUGUCCAGCCACGGCGUCAAGCCCACCUGGGCGCCCGUGUCCUCCAGGCGCUCCUCCAGCAGCCACUUCGCCUUCUCGUUCGGCGUGAUGACCGAUGAUUGGAAACCUUCGUCCAAGACGGUCUACUUCCUCGGACAGACCAUCAAUCUCCAGGUGUCCGUGCGUCUGCAGGCCCGUCUGGGUUUCAAGGUGUACAUCGAUAGCUGCGUCGCAACCACUACCCAGAGUGUUGACUCCAAGCCCAGCUAUUCUAUUAUUCAGGAUUAUGGGUGUCUUGUGGACAGUAGGCUCACCCACUCCACCUCGAAGUUCAUGUCCCCUCGGAGCAACAGCACCCUGCAGUUCCAGAUCAAAGCCUUCCAGUUUGAGAACAGCCUCUCGGACAAGAUAUUUAUCCACUGCCGCGUUUGGGCUGUUGACGCCAAGGCCCCUCCCAGUGAGAAGAAAAAGAGCUGUCAGUACAACCAGGGAGACAAAAGGUGGGAGGAGCUAGAGGGACAAGAUGGCGUCUGUGGCUGCUGUGAACGGAGGUCGUGUGGGAGAGACCGCUGGAGUCGAAGCCCAGAGGAUCACCCUGAUGGGUCAGGAUCAUGGAACCCCAGUGGGGCUCUUGGUGAUGUCACAGUGGGCCCGCUGCGCAUCUUGGCUCCCAGAUCAAACUCGUCUGUCAACAGUAGGGAGAGUCGCCCCUUGUGGCAUGACGCCAAUCUGACCGUGGCAGGUGACUCGGGGAUGCAGCUGGCCCAGCUGUUGAUCGCCUCUGCCUCUGCGGUGUGUGGCUUCUCUCUCCUGAUGGGCCUCUUCUGCCUCUGCCGCCUUGGCUGUUGCAUUCCCAGGCAUCCCUCCCUGGAUUCCUGCAGGAAUACCCACAGCCCAUGACCCGGUCUGCCCGGGUGUGGGCAGAUUCACCCGUUUCCUUUGAACGGCAAAUAAGUGAUUAUCACUCUGUACAGUUAGAUGGUUAAUAAAGCCAUUUUUAUGGAC